UAUCGGUCGGUCGGUCGGUCGGUCGGUCGGUCGGUCGGUCUGUCUGUCGGUGGGUCUGUCGGUCCACCAACAGUUUCCUUUCAUUUUCUUCACAGAGGAUGAACAGAUUGAAAUGAAAUUUGGUAUACAGGUUUAUCAUGAUAAUAUCCAGGUCAAGUUCGAUAUUGGGUACGAUCGAGCAAUUUUUGACAGAGUUAUGGCCCUUGGACAUAGUAAAAUUCCAGUUAUUUGCAGUUUCCGCUCAUUUUCUUCGCAGAGGAUGAACAUAUUGGAAUGAAAUUUGGAAUACAGGUUUAUCAUGAUAAUUUCCAGGUCAAUUUCAAUAUUGGGUACGAUCGAGGAAUUUUCGACAGAGUUAUGGCCCUUGGACUUAGAAAAAUUCCAGUUAUUUGCAGUUUCCCCACAUUUUCUUCACAGAGGAUGAACAUAUUUAUAUGAAAUUUGGUAUACAGGUUUAUCAUGACAAUAUCUAGGUCAAAUUGGAUUUUGAGUAUGAUAGAGCAGUUUUCGAGAGAGUUAUGGCUCUUGGACAUAGAAAAAUUCCAGUUAUUUGUAGUCUACAUUCAUUUUCUUUGUGGAUGUUUCCAAGGGAGGGGGGGUAUAAGUGUUUCACAAACUUCUCUUGUUCUCUUUUAAAUUUGAUUUAUUUACUUUUGAACACUGUAAUUUUUCAAAAGUUCAUUUUUUCAUCUGAUUUACAUGUAUAAAAAAUGUGGAAAUCGUGUAAAAAUUUGAUAUUUGCAAAAUCAUGUUUUUGUGCAUCAGCAUGUCCCUUUGACUUUAACCAUUAAUUCCAUUACAUCUUGAUGAAGAUUUCAAUCGAAGCUUUGAUCUGUAUAAGUCAUUGCUCUGACUGGUUAAUUUGAAACAGGGGCGUGAACCAAUUUAAUUCCUUCUAUGUUAAAUGUUCACGUCAUUGGCACAUACGCACAAAGAUCAAUUAUUCAUGGCUUUUAAUUAUCACUAACUUUUCAAGGUGACCAAAAAGUUAACAAACGGGGUCUUUUUGAAUUUAAUCUUUUAACUUGCUCAUGAUUUUGAAAUCAUUGAAUUGAAUGUUAGGAUUGAUAAACUAUCUUUAGCUUGAUUUUAAUUCUUGCUGCAAAUAAAUUAGGACUGUCUUUUAGAAUGAUAGAAGAAAAAUUUAUAAUGACAUUUUGAUAAGAAUUUGCUCUUAUUUUUUGGAGCGUUGAGGUACGUUGAAUUUGUUUUUUGAUAACGAUCGUUGUGAAGUAGCAGCCAUUUACAUUGUGUAGAGCCAUAUAGGACACCUUGCUAUUCGAUGACCAUCUCUCAUAAGGGUGUAGUACAAAAGAUCAUUGAUAACAAAUGAUGACUUCAUUAAGGAGUAAUGGGCAACCCAGUUCUUGGAAAUCCCAUGUGACAUUUCAUGUGACACCAGUAUCUGAAGAAGAGCACGAGCUGAACAACCGAGUGCCGAGCCGCCCCACUCCAGAGCUCAAGUUUGACGAAGAUGAAGGGGAUACACUCAGUAACCACAACAGCAUCACAGCACUGCUCUCCUCCAAGUUCAGGGAUAUACAGAAGAGGCUUAAGCAGUAUGGUAUUGAAUCACCACGCUUUAGGAAAAGGCUGGUUUCCCGAUGGGAGAGCCUGAACUAUGAUGUGUGUGAGAAUGUGCUGUAUCUAAAGGAUCAAGAGAAGUACAAAUCAAAGAAAUGGGUGACACUGAGAUGGUUGAGCAAAUGGCUUGUGAUGUUUUUCAUUGGAAUAGGGACUGCUCUCCUAGCAGCAGCCAUUCAUUUUGUUGUGGAGAAGCUUGCACAUUUCAAAUUUGAUUUAAUUAAACACUAUUUUGACGAUUGUGCCAAAAAUAACUGUUUAUAUCAGCCGGCCUUGAUGUGGAUGGGGAUCAACUUGGUGAUCACUGUAGCUGGAGCCGCACUGGUCACCUUUCUACAGCCCAUGGCAGCAGGGAGUGGAAUUCCAUAUAUCAAGUCUUACCUCAACGGUGUAAAGAUUCCAGGCUUAUUGACAUUCCGAGCCUUCGUGGCCAAGACAGUGGGUGUGGUCCUGUCCAUUCUGGGGGGACUGGCCUGUGGAAAGGAAGGACCCAUGGCCCACUCUGGCAGCAUCAUAGCAGCAGGUCUGGGGCGGGGGAGGAUCAACUUCUGUAAUGGAAAGACUGUCAGUUUCUAUUCAGCAUUUAGGAACGACCACGAGAUCCGGGAUUUCGUGGCAGGGGGAGCAGCAUCAGGGGUUUCCUCAGCUUUCGGGGCUCCCAUAGGGGGAACUCUUUUUAGUUUAGAAGAAGCAGCCAGCUUUUGGAAUCAGGAUCUAACAUGGAGAGUGUUUUUUUCUUCAAUGGUAGCCUGUUUUGCCACCAACUUUUUAAUCAGUGCCAUAAAUGGAGACCCAACAAAACUGACUGACCCUGGAUUGAUCCGAUUCAAUGCCUUUAAGUUUGAUCUAAAGUUUGACUUGAUUGAAAUCCCAGUCUUUAUAUUCAUGGCAGUGAUAGGUGGUUUAAUGGGUGCUCUUUUUGUGGUGAUGAAUUACAAACUAACAGUGUUUAGGAAAAGAUAUUUAAACAAGAACUGGAUAAAGAUAAUUGAGGCUGGCCUAGUGGCAGUGGUGUCAGCAGCUGUAGCCUUUGGGUUGAUGGUUGGAAUUAAUGAAUGCACAGACAAGGCCCCAUUUGACAGCCAUGCUGUCACAGCAUCUGUGUAUUGUACUGACAAGAAGUACAAUGGUCUGUCAACACUAUUCCUGACCACUCCAGAGGGCUGCCUGAAAGCCUUGCUUCACGACCCAUUCGAGAGUCAUGGAGCGGUGAGUCUGGUGGCGUUUGUGCUGAUUUUCUUUGUCCUGGGUGUGUGGACGUACGGACUGAGCGUGUCCAGUGGCGUGUUCAUCCCCUCCCUCGCUAUCGGCGCUGCCUGGGGGAGACUCGUUGGUAUGGGAGUGGCACACUUGAUGCCAGAAAACCCAAACCUGGCUGCCAACAGUACUCUGAUCAAGCAAUUAGAUGUGGGCAAGUUUGCCCUGAUUGGAGCAGCGUGUCAGCUGGGCGGGAUUCUGCGUACCACCAUCAGUCUGACUGUGAUCAUUGUGGAGUGUACCGACGACAUCUCGUUCGGACUCCCCAUCAUGAUAGUUCUCAUGAUCUCUAAAUGGGUCGGUGAUUUUAUAACAACAGGUUUGUAUGACAUGAAUGUGGAGGUGAUGGGGAUACCUACACUACCUUUUGAGUGUCCGCCCCUUUGUGAUGACCUCAGAGCCAGUGAUGUAAUGAGUGCUCCACUUGCUACGUUCAAAACAAAGGAGAGAGUGGAGAACAUCUACAGGAUGCUGAAAGAGGAGACGUUCUGUGGCUUCCCAGUCAUAGAGGACGACCCCAUGGCACCCGGGAAAGGGAAACUAAAGGGCCUUAUUCUUCGAAGUCAGCUGCUGGUUCUGCUGCAGAAGAAGAUAUUUUGUCCAGAGGGUCAGGUACCUCCCAGAAAUAUAACCAUCAAGGAUUUCAGAGAUUUCUACCCUGUGUACCUCAAAGUAUCAGAGAUAGAGCUGUCCGAUGAGGAGAAGAGUUAUGUGAUGGACCUAAAACCCUAUUAUAACCCUUCACCGUACACAGUGGAACAGAAAUUCUCGUUACCCCGCGUGUUCAAUCUGUUCAGAGGCCUCGGGCUGCGGCACCUCAUUGUCACGGAUGAAAAGAAUGUGCCUGUGGGAAUAGUGACAAGAAAAGACCUGGCUAAAUUCAGGGUGGGCUCCAAGAGAGGACUAGUAAAGAUAGAACAGCUGAAGAUUCAGGACAUUUGAGGUCAUCUAGAAAUGUCUGGCGAUUCUAUAUACCCACGUAGCAGAGAACAAAUCUAUAUAUCGGAGUUAGAUAGGCUAAAUCAUGUAUGGUUGUAGUGUUUGGUGUUCUCAGGGUAAGGGACGAUUCACGGAUCUCCGCGCGCCAGUAUCCCUCCUGGCUGACCGAUCCUCAUCUGUUAUCAACGAUUUGUCACCCUACCAGAUAACUGUUUAUAUACAGAGAGUGAACAAAGCAUUUUGUAUUUUUAAUUAUUAUGUACAGUAUCUAUGCAAUUAUGGAUGUUCAUUGUUACAAUUUUGAUCAAUGAUUGUGUGUACUCAAGCUUCCAUUGGGUCAAGUUUGAGAAACUACAUUCCAUUGUUGUCAAGUGUACAUCUAGACAGUCCAGGACAGAAGCCAUAUUGUUUUUUUUUUAUCAGAGUAAGUCCAGGUAAAUGGUAUAAUGGUAUGCAUUCCAGUAGGACAAUUUUGUCAAUUCUUGAUUUUCUUAAUCAUUUUAUACUGGUCAAAUGUAAAUACCUCUGCACGAAAUCAUGUCUCUAUCAUUUGUUACUAGCUGUUUUAUUGUUGAAAUCCAAAGGAAAAUACUGUUAUCUUUUCAUGCAGUUGCUGUUGUAGCCUAUUUGUUGUUUGUCCCCCACCCUCAAGUCUAUUACAGAUUUAUACAUAUGGGGUAUUUUAAUGCCAUUGACAGCUUGUGCCAAAUUAUAUACCUGGUCAUUUUAUUGAUAUCGAGUGAUAAGGAAACUUUUUUUGACAGACAGUUGAUGGAAUACAUGACAACAAUUUUUUUCUUUAACUUUGUAGCAGUCUUUAUUUCAAAUGAAGGUCAAAGAUUUUAAUUUUUGCAAGAUCAUUUUGUAUUUACAUAGAUAUUUUUUUUUUUUUACACUUUAUACCUACCGGAUAUUUAAAAUAUGAGACAAAUUAUCCAGGAGAAUUUUAAGCAUGGUUUUCCCUGAAACCCAAAUACACAUGUACUUGUUUCGAUAACUCCAUUUCCAAUGCUUCACUUAAACAUAUUUUUUACAGACUUUUUUAAUUGAAUUUCAAAAAUGACAGUCUUUUUAGGAGAAACUGAAAUCCAUGUGUGUACUAUGUACAUGUAUUUCAACUGCUUUUUUUUCAUAUUCCAAGCUGUGAUAUAAAAUUUGAAAAAAUGUUCUACAAGAAGACUGUACCUAAAUAAACACCUUGUUUAAUUUACCUUAUUCCAAGUGUGAUUAUUUUGUUGAUAGCAAAAUGGACCGUAUUCCAAUUCUACCUUGUAAACCUGGAAAUUAUUUUAUGUAGCAUUACUUGCAGAUUGUUAUUUUCAUUUUUCUCACCCUGUUAUGAAUAGUAAAAUUUCUUUUAUACAUGCACCUACAAACUUUAAGACUCCAGGAAGUGUACAAGUUAUUAUUGUCAUAAAUGAAAUGAAACUCA